AUGGUAAAAAGAAGCCCGUGGCUCAUUUUACUCCCUCCCCUCCCCUUCCUUCCCCUUCGUUCCCCUUCUAUUCCCUUCCUUUCCAUUCUUUCUCCUUGGUUCCCCUUCUCCUUCCUUUCCCUUCCAUCAACCGUUGAUGUUACUUCCAGCAGCGAUCAAUUGCCAGCAUUUUCCGAACCGACAUCUGAGCAAGUCAACCUCGUCUCUCGCCCACUGAGUUGCCCUCUUGACACCUCUCGCCUGCCCAACAUCCUACCUCCCCUCACCCCUCUCUCUUUCCAUCCGUUCUUCACACCCACACCCCCCCCUCCCCCACCUCUUCCCCCCCCCCACCCCCCACCCCCUCCUUUCCCCCUCCUCUCCCCACCUCCUCUCUCCACCUCCCCUCUCCUCCACCCCUCCCUACCAUCCCACGCCAGGACCCACCCUGAACGAUCCAACCUCGUGAUUCGCCCACUGGGCUGCCCUCUUGAUACCUCUCGCCUGCCCAACGUGUUUAUGGGCUUCUUCGAACCUCUCCCUCUCCGCAAGCCUUGGCCCGCCAGCUUCUACGGCACUCCAAUCAAACCCGGAAGUGACAUUCCUUGUGUCACUUCAGACAGUGCUUCAGCAGACAGUGCUUCAGCAGACAGUUUCACAGGCGAGACAGACUGGAUAAAGAAGCUCGGGUGCCACGGCCCUCCCUGUCCCUCCUUCGGCUCAUGCACCGCCCACUUCCCCAACGUGCAGGCGUGCUGGAACCCGCACCUCGUGGACGAACCCGAGAUUGAAAUCGCCCCUCCUAUAAACUGCCCUCUUAAACGGAAUAGCACCGCGUUGGACAGGUGGAGGAAGGGAACGGGGAGGGCGCCGUUCGACGAGACGUGCUCGAGCCGGAAGGACUUCACGCCGCAUGGGGCGAGCGCGCUGCAGGUGAUGCGGCUGGAGGAUCAGGCCAAGUAUGAGGCGGGCCACAUGGUGCACGAGCUGCCAGCCGUGUUCAACUUGGCUCACCAACCCGGAGACAACUUCUACCACUUCCUCGUGGAGCUCCUUCCUCUCUUCCUCGUCUCUGCGCCCCUCAUGCCCUCCACGCUUCGCCUCCUGCCGGUGCUCCUGAGGCAUAAACAGGUGCGUUGGUACGAGCAGCUGGGCGCUCCCCUCAUUGGCAUCCAGGCAGAUCAGAUUCGCCUGCUGCCCACAUACACCAACGAUCUCUUUCACGCCGAUGUGGUGUACCAGCCCAUAUACCAAGACUGCGACCGUCCCAGCCGACCUCUCUGGCGGUUGCUGCGCCGGCGCCAUCUGCUGCACCCCACAGGCCUCCCCAUCUUCAACCCUGACUGGACCUUCCGCAGCCACCGCCCUCUCUCCCUUUCUGAAGCGCGCGCCUUCCCCCCCAACUGGGUGGUCGUGCUCGCAAAGCGUCCAGAGGGGCAGAAACGGGCGAUGCUGAAUUUCCGGGAGGUGGAGGGGGAGGUUGUGCGUCGGUUUGGGCGCGAGAGAGUGGUGGUCUAUGAUGGGACGCUGCCCAUUCUGCAAGCCCGAGCACUCCUGUCACGAGCAAGAUUCUACGUAGCAGCCCACGGAGCAGCCCUCACCAACAUGGUCUUCAUGCCGGAGAGAAGCUCCGUGCUGGAGAUUCGCCCAGAGGCCAGCGAAGUUACUGUCUUCAACUUUCUCGCCUCUGCCUGCUCCCUGCGCUACCACCUCGUGUUCACCAAGGGUGAUUCAUCCUCCUCCAUUGUGGCUAAUGUGACGAGCGUAGCUCGGGUGCUUGAUUCUGUCCGUGCACGCAUGCGGAAGGAGGAUGAGCGUAGCUCGGGUGCUUGA